CCAGGAUACCAGAAUCGCGCGAGCUUGCGUCGCGCCUGCACGCGUUGACAGAGUGUGGACCAGUCGCCCGACCGGUCGGCCAACGCGUCCGGAAAAACGUUUGGUGGUUUUCUUUUUGUGGACCGAAAUGUUUACUUAACUUGUGCUUUGUGGAUUGUGAAUGGAAACAGUACACCCAACCCGAAUCUGAUAUGAGAUGGGCAUUCGAGAACUGUGGUGCGGACUGCUGGUGGCUGUCCUAAUCAGUCCCUCGGGGAGCGACUGGCUAAGCUGCGGCCACAUCUCCGCGUGCCACUGCAAAUGGUCCUCCGGCAAGAAAACCGCAUCAUGCGUCUCCGCCGGUCUGGGACGCUUACCGCACUUGGCAAACGAAAUACAAGUACUAGAUUUACACGGAAACCCCUUGAACGAGCUCCAUCAGGACGCCUUUGCGAGCAUAGAGCUAUUAAACUUACAACGCCUCAACCUCAGCGCGACGAAUCUACGCUACCUGCAUCAAAACGCUUUCAACGAACUGCGCAUUUUAAUAGAAUUAGAUCUCUCAAGGAAUCACCUCACCGAACUUUCACCUGACACGUUCAAAGGGAACGAGCGUUUGAGGCUUCUAGUCCUUAGCGACAACCCGUUAAGUAAAUUAGUCGCUCAGCAAUUCCCGCCCCUACAACAUUUAAAGAAACUAGAACUUUCGAGAUGCCGUCUCCGCAAAGUUCACCCCUUCGCCUUUGUGAACCUGCGGGCCGUCGAAACUAUACACGUCCAUCAAAACUUGCUCUCCUAUCUACACCAAGAUACAUUCAACCUGCCCGCGCUCAAAACUUUGACGCUUUCAGACAACCCGUGGUACUGUGAUUGUAGACUCAGAGGCUUCCACGAGUGGUACCUUCGUAGCAAUCUUGGGAACGAAGAAGUUUUUUGUGCAGGUCCGGAAAGUAUGGCACACGUUCUAUGGUUAGACACGAGAGGUGAAGAAAUGGUUUGCCCUCCAUCGACUGUGACGAGCCCAUCCGUGAUACGAACUGAAACUGGCGCAGAUAUCUCUUUUGGAUGUUUCGUUCGAGGUGAUCCGAGACCAACCGUCACGUGGUCUUUUCGACACACGGAAGUUACGAAUAAGACUAUUAGUGAUAGUGAAAUUGUAAUCUACGAAUAUUCUGUAAGACAUUCGAAUGAGGAUGGGGACGAAGUUGUAAACAAAAGUUCUCAGUGGUUCAAUGUGUCCAUAACGAAUGUUACUAGUGAUUUAGCUGGAGAGUGGAGAUGUACAGCGAAGAGUCCUGCCGGUGAAGCUAUCGCUUAUCUAACACUUUUUUUACCCAAGGCGCGAACGGCUACAGCGCGCAGUGCUCCAGAUUACUCCAAAUUUUUCAUAGCAGUGGGUUCCGUAGUGGCUAUGGCUGGUGCUGGGUUUUUAUCGGCUUGCUUCUGUUGGAAAAUACGACGCCGGAGAGUACCUCCUAGUAGAAGUUUCACCGACCAAGAGAAGAAGUUGUUAGAUACGUCUCUGGCUGUCAGUUGUGACAGGACUAGUGUAGAGAUGGGUUCCUCGUAUGGUUUCGAAAUGUUUGACAGAUCGAUGUCUUUGGAGAGCGAGGAUACUCAGCGUUGCUUAGACCCGGUCCAGAUCACGAUAGAGGGUCCCUCUGGAUCCUUUCCUCCACCACCAGCAGAGUUUUCGAUUCCUGCACCUUAUGGUAACAUUUUUAUAUCCGUGCAAGUGACUGCGCAUAGUGAAGAGUUCCCUGAUUUAUUGAGUGGUGGAGCAACUUUACCCAGACGAAGUAAGACAUGUUUUUUGAAAUCUGCGUACGAUAAUAUGGGACCUAGAGUAACAGCUGCUGGUAGUUCCACCUGGUCGUUGCCAGGUGCUAAGGCAGAUGGGAAAGCAAAUAAAGAUACGACCCCUACUAUGCCAUUGUCAACGUUUUCUACAGAAUUUACUGCCCUUUGAAAACUAUUGUUGUAAAAUUUUUGUAUCGUGUGAUUGUUUUUGUUAAUGAAAGAGUAAGCUUUAACGAUAUGUUAGGAAAUACAUUUUCAGUCAUUAUUGUACCUAAGUGGUGUCAUUGCACCUAAUUUUUUUUUUCUGAUUUAAAAUAUACACUUUUUUUGGGUUUCGUGCGUAAAAAGGCAAAAUGGUAAAAUGCAAUGACACUACUUCCUUCCUUUCAUGUUAGUUUAAAUUAAUUUAUUAAUUAAGUAAAAGAUAUGAACAUAUCAAUAUUAGCGAAUGUAAUGCUUAUUUGUUUAUUAUUUCAGUACUAAUUUAUUUUUUUGAUGUGGCUAUUUUAACUGGGUUUACGUUUACGUAGAUUGAUUAGGGCCCGCCCACGACUUCUAUUGUAGCUAAACGCGGCACGGCGAGCAGCAGAAAUAAAGGCAUCCAUAAUAUGUUCUAAUAGUAUAAAAGCCGUCGAUAGCCUAGUGAUGACGACGUCCGUCCGUUCGAAGGUCGGAGGUUCGAUUCCAGGCACGCACCUGCAACAUUUCAGUGUUAUGUAUGUUUAAAGGAAUUAAAUGUAUCACUUGCCAUAACGGUGAAUGAAAACAUCGUGUAGAAACUUGCAUGUCUCUAAAGUUCUUCAUAAUGUUUUCAAAGGUGCGUAUGUUCUGCUAAUUCGCACUAGGCCAGCGUGGUAGACUAUGGCCAAACCUAUCUCAUUAUGGGAGGAAAACCCUACACAGAAGUGAGACAAAGAGUUGAUAAUGAUGAUGAUGAUGAAUAUGUUUUUCUGUCAGUUUUCACAGUCACUAUUCAGAUGAUGGGAUACCAUCUCUUGAUGAUCACUGAUAUUUGCAUUAGAAUAUCUUAUAAUAAUUAUUGUUACCCACUUGCCGCUCCGCUCGUCGCCCCGCUAGAUGGAUGGGACCGCUAGUGUGUAUAAUGUACUAAUAAUUAAAAAAUAGGUAGUUAUUUAUUACUAAUAGUUCUAAGAUUUUGGAUCGACAAUCUUGCUUUAAACCUCAUGAGAGAAAUAAAAAAUAUCAGUAAUG